UCUUUGGCCUGGCAACGCCGUCGCAACAGCUGUGCAGCUGUGUCACUUUUGUUGACGUUUACAAAACAUUUUUGCCAAAACAUCGGGUGCAAUCCGUGCUUUUAGGAGAUAAUGGACCUGAUCAUUCUCGUGGGGAUCGCCACGGCCCUGCUAGUCGUGAUAAUCACUCUGUACCUCCUCCAAAAGAAAAAUGCCGGCGCAGCUGCUGAAACUAAGCCAGGGGUAGCCGCCCCACAACGUGGCGUCCCACAACGUGCACAGGAGGGUGUUCCGCGACGUGCCCAAAUAGCCAGGAACCAGCGCAAUCGACUGCGCCAGAACGCCCCCGCGGCAGCUGCUCCGGCACCUGGAGCUGCGGCCCAGGCAGCUCAUGCAGACUCGGAUAACGAGAAUGAGGCUGACGCCGAGGCCGAUGGAGCGCGCGUGCCGCAGGGAGCUGUGCUGGAUGAGAAAAUGGGCGCCAAGAAGCGGGCCAAGAUGGAGGCCAAGGAGCAGAAGCGGUUGCAGCGGGAGCAGGAGCUACAUGAUCGCGAGCAGCGCAAGGCGAAGGAGGCCAAGGACGACGCUGAGCGAAAGCAGCAGGAGGAUCUCGAGGCGGAGGUGGAGCGAAAGCGCAUAGAGGCCGAGCGCCUUGCCAAGGAGGAGCGUGAGCGAAAGGAGCACGAGGAGUACCUGAAGAUGAAGGCAGCCUUCAGCGUUGAAGAAGAGGGCUUUGAGGAGGGCGACGUCGACGAGAAGGACAACCUCCUUGCCGACUUUAUCCAGUAUCUCAAAAACAACAAGGUGGUCCUUCUAGAGGACCUGGCAGUCUCCUUCAAGCUGAAGACGCAGCAGGCCAUUGACCGCAUCCAGGAGCUGCAGGCUGAUGGCACCAUCACUGGUGUCAUCGACGAUCGCGGCAAGUUUAUCUACGUUUCAGAGGAGGAACUGGCCGCGGUGGCAAAGUUCAUUAAGCAGCGCGGCCGCGUCUCCAUCGCCGAACUGGCCGAGAGCAGCAAUAACCUAAUUAAUCUGACGCCCGUAAUCGCCGGCGGUGCCGAAGGUAGCUCCUGAGAUUUGUUAGCCAUUUAUAUAUUUACUUUAUAUUUAGGGGCGACCUGUUGAUAGAAUAACAAGAACAAAACGAAAAAAUGUA